AUGCGGCGGCGCCUCGCUCCGGCACUGCUCCUGGCCGCCGCGCUGCUGCUGGCGGCGCGCCCGGGCCCAGUGGUGAUCGCGGCAGAUUGUCCCUUGGAUUUGAGUUGGCCCAACUAUGGACUGAUAGCUUCAGUGUGCUCGGACCAAAAUGGACACUCAAAGUGUUGCCGCUACAUCAAUGCUGUUCUUGCAGUCUCAUCUGCCAUGUAUGCAAACACAACAGGCACUCUUGGGGUUCCGGCUCAAUUUUCUGAUGCCUGCAUUGCCAAUAUCUCCGAUACAUUGGUGUCGAAGGGGAUACUGCCCACUGCUGCUUCGUUUUGUGGCCUUGGGAUCAAAAUUCAAGUGUCCUAUCAGUGUGUUGGGAUGGCCACCAUCCUUGAGAUGUUGCAGUCUCCGAAUUUCAGCGAUGUCACAAGAAGCUGUGCAACCACACUUUCAGAUGAUGUCACUUGCAAGAGGUGCUUAAACUCUGGUCUGUCGUACCUCCGCCAUCUUGUCGGGGAACAAGAUAAUGUCACGUUGAAUACCUGCCGUGAUGCUGCUUUUGUUGCAUUUGUGCGUCAAGGGAAUAUAUCUACCGUUGAUACAGCUGGUUGCUUUUUUAGCGUUCAGGGGCUUAGUGCUCUUCAAGGCAAUUCCACCAUUUUUGGCAGAUUUAGUUACAAAGAAAUGAAGAAAGCAACAAGGAACUUCAGCACAGUGUUAGGAGAAGGUCAAGAUGGUACAGUAUUCAGAGGACAACUAAAUGAUGGAUCUGUGGCUGCUAUCAGACGCGUCGGGUGUUCACCAAAACAAAGUCAACAUGAAUUUUGUAAAGAAAUGGAAUUUCUUGGGCGGUUGCAUCAUCGGCAUCUUGUUGGACUAAAAGGUUUUUGUUCAACAAGAUUUGAGAGGUUUCAGGUGUAUGAAUACAUGGAAAAUGGAAGCCUUCAAGAUCAUCUACAUUCGCCGAGUAAACACCUGCUACCAUGGAAAAAUAGGGUCCAAAUUGCCAUCGAUGUUGCUAAUGCUUUGGAGUACCUUCAUUUUUAUUGUGAUCCUCCACUAUACCAUGGAGAUGUUAAGCCUAGCAAUGUCUUCUUGGACAAGAAUUACCUUGCAAAGCUUGCUGGUUGCGGUCUUGCGCACCACUCUAGUAGUGGCAAUACAACUCCCAGUCGCACCCCAGUAAAUGUCAAGAUCCAAGCAACUCCUGGCUACGUAGAUCCUGAGUACAUGGUGACCCAGGAGGUAACCAUGAAGAGCGACGUGUACAGCUACGGCGUGCUUUUGCUGGAGCUGGUGACGGGGAAGCCAGUGAUCCAGGACAACAAGAGCCUCGUGGAGUGGUCCCGCGAGCUCAUCGGCACGGACUACCGGCUCCACGAGCUGGUCGACCCGUCGGUGGUGGACGCGUUCGACCUGGACGAGCUGCAGGUGGUGGCGGACGUGAUCCACUGGUGCACGCACCGGGACGGCACGGCACGGCCGUCCAUGAAGCAAGUGCUCCGCAUCCUGUACGAGCGUCUGGACCCGCUGUCCGGACGGUUCGCGCGCGCCGUGGAGGGCGAGGAGGGGUACUACUACUGCCACGGCGGCGGGCGGGUGAAGGGGAAGCAGGCAGGCGGCGACUUGAUCGGGUUCAGCGGCGACGCGGCGCGGUCGUGGCUGCCGUCGUCGAGCAGCACGUCCAGGUCGCACUGCAGCCGCAGCGUGCUGCUGGAGUGCAACUCGCCCGAGCCGGAGUCGUCCCCGGUCCACGGCAACGCCGCGUUCCUGGCCUGA